AUGGAUGUCAAUUCGAUCAUUGAUGUGUGCUUUAUGCGUUGCAACGGUAUGAGUGGAGUUGCAGUGAACAAACAGGGUCUAGUGACGAUGAGGAUUCCGAAGUACAGCAAGAAAGAUGUGGCUCUCACGGUGGACUCAGUGACGGCAAUGGUGGAGAUCGAGGCAACAUCCUCCACCGCCGUGAGGGAGGGCCUGGACCUGGUGGCGGUGGUGGACGUGAGCGGCAGCAUGCGAGGGCACAAGAUCGAGAGCGUGAAGAAGGCCCUGCAGUUCGUGAUCAUGAAGCUUACCCCUGUGGACCGCCUCUCCAUCGUCACCUUCGAAAGCAGCGCCAAGAGGCUCACACCGCUACGUUCCAUGACCCAAGAUGCCCAGAGCGACCUGAAGACAAUCGUCGGCCGCCUGGUUGCCGACGGUGGGACCAACAUCAAGGCCGGCCUUGACUUGGGACUGGCUGUCCUCGGCGACCGUGUGCUCACGGUGUCCCGCACCGCCAACAUCUUCCUCAUGUCCGACGGGAAGCCGGAGGGGAAGUCCUCCGGUGACCCGAGGCAAGUCGACCCCGGCGAGGUGUCUGUCUACACCUUUGGUUUCGGCCAGGGCACAGACCACAAGCUGCUCACCGACAUCGCCAAGAAAUCCCCCGGCGGAACGUACAGCACCGUGCCCGACGGGACGAACCUGAGCGCGCCCUUUGCGCAGCUGUUGGGUGGCCUCCUCACCGUGGUGGCGCAGGACGUGCAGCUGACCCUCACCCCAAAGACGGGCGACGGCGACCUGGACACGAUGGCGGUGGCCCCCGGAACGGACUACACGCAGACCACCGACGCCAACGGCGUGAUCACCAUCAAGUUCGGCACCCUCUUCAGUGGAGAGACGCGCAAGGUUGCCGUCAACUUCACUCUCAAGCAAAGCUCCGAGAGCGAGGCCUACAACGCGACCUUAGCCGUCGCGAGGCACAGCUACGCCGCCGAGGAAACGCGGCAGCCAGCCCAGAACAUUCAGCGGCUGCGCACCCCGGAGCCGAGCUCUCCUGGCGUCGCCGGCAGCGAGGAGCGGUCGGUGCAGGCUGAGGAGGUACGCCGGCAGCACGCCGACAUGAUCUGCAAGGCUAGCGAGCUGGCAGAUGGCGGGAAACUGGACCGUGCGCGGGAUAAGAUUAUGGACGCCCAGAACGCGCUGGAGGACAUCGUGCUGGACGACGGCGACAGGAUGGUGAACGCGCUCCGAGCCGAGCUGCUGCGGCUGCUGGAAUACAUGGAGUCACAGAAGCUCUACAACAAACUGGGCCACCCCUACGCGCUCGCCACCAUCAUCUCCCAUGGUCGCCAGCGUGCCGCUGGAAGGGGCGACGAGGAGGUCAUCUCCCUCUACGUCACGCCGCGCAUGAUCGCCUACCUCGAGCAGGCCAAGAAGUUCGAGGAGAACCCGCAAGCGCCGGUACCCACCGCCGACAAGGACGUCGAGCAGGAGCUGGCUGCCAACCCACUCGCCGCCUUCUCCGCCCCGCUCGCCUUCUACCUGGAAAACGCCAUCCAGGCGCUGCAGGCCAUCCAGAAGAUCAUCAGCGCCACCACAAUUUGA